ACAUGUUUUGUUAAAAUAAAUAAAUAAAUAAAUAAAAGAGGUGGGUUAGACGUCACACACACAUCUAACAUUUGACUUGCUAUUGAAAAAUGAGAAGAGAAACAGAGAAAAUGUUUCUCUUUUAUGUGAUGAUAAGAUAGAGAAACAGAGAAAAUGUUUCUCUUUGUAUGUGAUGAUAAGAUAGGAAGACAUCAAGAGAUGGCCAGGUGUUAGAUCUUAGAUGCAUUUCUACCUAAAAGAUCAAGAAAUGGCCUAAGUGUUAGAAUAUUGCUUGCUUAACCAAACGCCUAUUAGAAUAUUGCUUGCUUAACCCAACACCUAAUAAUCAGAAACUAUAGCUGACAAUCCCCUCUACCUACCUAGUAGAAUUCAGCUUUCCUCUGCAUUUUCUGCAGGUUUGCCAUUGAUGAUUGAUGAUCCAUCCAUGCAUCUCAAGCCUCACUCCAUCGUCUCCUUCCUUGUGCUGUUGCUACUCUUCCACGCGGCGGCGGCCGGUGGUGAUGGCGAUCAGUUCAGGUACGACGGCUUCGCCGGCGCGGCGCUCGACCUCGACGGCAUGGCCGUGGUGGAGCCGGACGGCAAGCUCAUGCUGACGAACGUCACGUCCCAGAUGAAGGGCCACGCGUUCCACCCGGCGCCGCUCCGGUUCCACCACCCGCCGCCGGCGAACGGCACCGCCGCCGCGGCGAGGUCGUUCUCGACCGCCUUCGUGUUCGCCAUCGCCGCCGACUACGUCACGGUGAGCGGCAACGGUCUCGCCUUCUUCGUCGCGCCGAGCAAGAACAUGUCCACGGCGUCGCCGAGCCAGUUCUUGGGCCUCUUCAACAGCGAGAACAACGGCAACGCCAGCAACCGCGUCUUCGCCGUCGAGCUCGACACCAUCCUCAACCCGGAGUUCCGGGACAUCAACAGCAACCACGUCGGCGUCGACGUGAACGGCCUGGUGUCCGUCGCCGCCGAGCCCGCCGGCUACUACGACGACGCCACCGGCGGCGCGUUCAAGAACCUGACGCUCUUCAGCGGCGCCGCCAUGCAGGUCUGGGUGGACUACGACGGCCGCGCCGCGGUGGUGAACGUGACGCUGGCGCCCGUCGAGGUGGCCAAGCCGAGGAGGCCCCUCAUCUCCGUCGCCGUCGACCUCUCGCCGGUGGUGAACGGCACGGCGUACGUCGGGCUCUCGUCGUCGACGGGGCCGUUCCACACGCGCCAUUACGUGCUCGGCUGGAGCUUCGCCAUGGACGGGCCCGCGCCGCCGCUCGACUACGCGAAGCUUCCCAAGAUGCCGGUCGUGAGCGCCAAGCGGCGGUCCAAGGCGCUCGACGUCGUCAUUCCGGUGGCCGCGCCGCUCCUCGCGCUCGCCGUGGUCGCCGGCGUCUCCUUCCUCGUGUGGCGGCGGCUCCGGUACGCCGAGCUCCGGGAGGACUGGGAGGUGGAGUUCGGCCCGCACCGGUUCGCGUACAAGGACCUGUUCGUCGCCACCGCCGGCUUCGACGGCAAGCGGCUGCUCGGCGUCGGCGGGUUCGGCCGCGUGUACCGGGGCGUGCUCCCGGCGUCCGGGACGGAGGUCGCCGUGAAGAUCGUGUCGCACGACGCGAAGCAAGGGAUGAGGCAGUUCGUCGCCGAGGUCGUCAGCAUCGGCCGGCUCCGCCACCGCAACGUCGUGCCGCUGCUCGGCUACUGCCGCCGGCGAGGCGAGCUCCUGCUGGUGUACGACUACAUGCCCAACGGCAGCCUGGACCGGUGGCUGCACGACCACGGCGCGCCGCCGCUCGGCUGGGCGCAGCGGCUGCACGCCGUCCGCGGCGUCGCCGCCGGCUUGCUCUACCUCCACGAGGACUGGGAGCAGGUGGUCGUCCACCGCGACGUCAAGGCGAGCAACGUGCUCCUCGACGGCGAGAUGAACGCGCGGCUCGGCGACUUCGGGCUGGCGAGGCUGUACGACCGCGGCGCCGACCCACAGACGACGCGGGUGGUGGGCACCAUGGGCUACCUCGCGCCGGAGCUCGCGCACACGCGGCGGGUCACGCCGGCGACCGACGUGUUCGCGUUCGGGUCGUUCGUCCUGGAGGUGGCGUGCGGGCGGCGGCCGAUCGAGCGCGGCGGCGCCAUGACCGCCGCCGCCGACGAGGACGGCCAGCUCGUGCUCGCCGACUGGGUGCUCGACCGGUGGCACAAGGGCGACAUCGCCGCCGCGGCGGACGCGCGGCUGUGCGGCGACUACGACGCCAAGGAGGCGGCGCUGGUGCUCAAGCUGGGACUCCUCUGCUCCCACCCGGUGGCCGCCGCGAGGCCGACGAUGCGGCAGGUGGUGCACUUCCUCGACGGCGACGCGCCGCUGCCGGAGCCGGAGCCCACGUACCGGAGCUUCACCACGCUGGCCAUGAUGCAGAACGCCGACGGCUUCGACUCAUGCGCCGUCAGGGACCUGUCGGCGGCGAUGCCGCAGCAGUAUCUCGGGAUGUUCAACGCCAGCGGCAACGGCGACGCGCGGAACCGGAUCUUCGCCGUGGAGUUCGACACGGUGCGCAACCCGGAGUUCGCGGACAUCAACAACAACCACGUCGGCGUCGACGUCAACAGCCUCAACUCCUCGGCGGCCGCCACGGCGGGCUACUACGACGACGCCACGGCGGCGUUCCAGAACCUGAGCCUGAUAAGCCGGCAGCCGAUGCAGGUGUGGGUGGACUACGACGCCGCCGCGGCGGAGGUCACCGUGGCCAUGGCCCCGGCGCGGCGGCCGCGGCCCAAGAAGCCGCUCCUCUCCACGGCCGUCAACCUCUCCACCGUCGUCGCCGACGCGGCGUACGUCGGCUUUUCGUCGGCGUCCAGCAUCGUGCUGUGCAAGCAUUACGUCCUCAGCUGGAGCUUCCGCCUCGGCGGCGGCGGCGCCGCCCCGGCGCUCGACUACGCCAAGCUGCCCAAGCUACCCCGCAUUGGGCCCAAGCCUCGGUCCAAGGCGCUCACCGUCGCGCUGCCCAUAGUCACCACGGCGAUCGUGCUCACCGCCGUCGCCGUCGGCUUCCUCCUCCUCCGCCAGCGGCUCAGGUACGCCGAGCUGCGCGAAGAUUGGGAGGUUGAAUUUGGGCCGCAUCGGUUCUCAUUCAAAGAUCUUUACGACGCCACCGGCGGGUUCAAGGACAAGCGGCUGCUCGGCGCCGGAGGAUUCGGGAGAGUGUACAAGGGCGUGCUACCUCGGUCCCGGACCGAGGUCGCCGUGAAGAGGGUGUCACAUGAGUCGAGACAAGGGAUGAGGGAGUUCAUCGCUGAGGUUGUCAGCAUCGGCCGCAUUCGACACCGCAACCUCGUGCAAUUGCUCGGGUAUUGCAGGCGCAAAGGGGAGCUCUUGCUGGUCUACGAUUAUAUGCCAAAUGGUAGCCUUGACAAGUACCUGCACGGGUGCGACGAGAAGCCGAUCCUCGAUUGGGCUCAGAGGAUCUACAUCAUCAAAGGUGUCGCGUCUGGCCUAUUGUAUAUGCACGAGGAUUGGGAGCAAGUUGUCAUCCAUAGAGAUAUCAAGGCGAGCAAUGUGCUUCUUGAUAGCGAGAUGAAUGGACGACUAGGUGACUUUGGACUUGCAAGGUUGUAUGACCAUGGAGCUGACCCGCAGACCACGCAUGUGGUUGGCACCAUGGGAUACCUGGCGCCGGAGAUGGUUCGCUCCGGCAAGGCGACCACUCGCUCCGACGUGUUCGCCUUCGGCGCGUUUCUCCUUGAGGUCACCUGCGGCAGGAGGCCAAUAGAGGAGGAGGAGGAGGUCGCCGGCGCCGGCGCUGACGACGACGACCGCUUCGUGCUCGUGGACUGGGUGCUCGGGCACUGGCGCGAGGGCGCCAUCACCGACGCGGUGGACGCCAAGCUCCGCGGCGAGUACGACGCCGCGGAGGCGGAGCUGGUGCUGCGGCUGGGGCUGACGUGCCUGCACCCGUCGCCGGCGGCGAGGCCGAGCAUGCGGCAGGUGAUGCAGUACCUCGACGGCAGCGCGCCGCUGCCGGAGCUGCCGCCGACGUACGUGACGUUCAACAUGCUCGCCACCAUGGACACGCACCAGAACGUCUACGGGGCGUGGUCGGUCCGGCGGUCGUCGGCGAUGAGCGUCGCCACCGUGUCUGACAUUGGACUCUCCGGCGGCAGAUGACGUAGGCCAGGUGUUCGACAUUAGGACUCCAGUUGAUUAGGAUCAACUUCACGUUGGUAGCACUAAUUGUAGACUGUGAUUUGACUUUUUAGCUUGCAAUUAGCAAUUAGCAACAGAUGUUAUUUGGGGGAGAUGGCGUUUGUUUGUUAGAUAGUAUGAAAUUUUGAUCUGAACAGUUUCAGGAUUCCUUCUGCUUUGAUCUGAACAAUAAUACUAGUACUACACGUUCGACAUAA